AUUUUAUUGCAUUGUACGGAGUAAACCAGCCUUGAACACGCAGUUUGACUGUAUAUUGCCGUUGUUUGAUAUUCUUGCCUCCUGAAAAUGGUGACGUUUAGUUUGGAUGACCGUUUGGUUGCUGCUUACCUUUUCUAUGGCGCUAUUCUUCUGCUUAAAAUGCUGUUGAUGUCAUUUAUCACUGCCUUUCACCGCAUAAAGAACAAGGUUUGGAGUUUUUUAAAACAAUUUUUCUGCUUCGUGACCUGAUAGUCUUUAGGUGCAUGAUGGCGGGUAGUUUGCACUUAGGUUACGAUUUACUUUGUACUUUAUUGGUUCUUUGCGGUGACUUUUUAAAAAUCUAGAAAAAGAGUAGCUUGUGCUUAUCAAGAAGUAAUAAAGGUUCGAACGGUUGACCGAUCUCAAUGCUUUCGCCACGGAUACAAAUAAAUAAAAUGCAAGUAGCACUUGUAACAUCAACAACUUAUAUUAAUGGCCGUUUCAGUUACGCUAAAGACGCAUUAUCCGUCUGGACUAACUUGGAUAAUUAAUUUGUGGACGCGUCUGGUUAUGCAUCUUUAGAAAAACGAAGAGUCACAAGACUCGUUAUGCGUUCAGACGAACCUUUCGAAGACUACUCUUGGGUCGUUUAAGUCUUUAUACUCGAGAAGCAAGUUAAUUAGCGUCCUCUACGGCCUAUAUGAGCUUGAGAUGUCACUAGUGUGAGUACAACUUGGCAAUGAACGGCCCUGAAUCAUGAACAAUCCAACAGAGAAUCGGAGAGAAUUGGAGAAAAAUUUUUGUUAAUACGUUCAUGGACCUUCUCUCAAUCGUUGCUUUAACACGGAAACAAAAAGGAUUGUACCGGCGGGGGACUCAUUUAGGGACUGAAUGUGGACUGAAAAACGGCGUACAGAUUUUUAAAAUAAUAUAUAUCUUUAUAGGGUGCUUUUUCUGCAUAGCCCCAUACAUGCAGCAAUCCGCUUGACAAUGGUCCGUUGUAUUAUAAAUGCAUAAUAAAUGUAGGAGGCUGUGCGUACUGAGUGAAACUCUUGACAGUUUAUAACGGUCUAAGAAUGAAAUGAUUGAAUAAUGUGGAACUUCAAAUUGUUUCAGACUUUUAGAAGUUUGUGCAGUUUGCAUUGUAUCAGUCCCACGCACUCAAUUGUUUACUAGCAUCUAAAUUGCCCUAACAGUAACGUAGCUUAUCGAGAGGGCUUUCUAUAUUCACAGAAUUCACAUGCAGUGAGGUCCAUUGACUCUGGUAAUCUGUUUGCUUGAUAAAUGUGUAAACUGAUUGCAUCACUGAUCACCAUUUGCAUAUGUUCACAGGCAUUUCCAAGUCCAGAGGAUUAUAGAAUCAAGAAGGAUGGUGAUAAGGACAAGAGUAAAGAAGUAAUAAUACGAAAAAAUGAUGAUGUGGAGAGGGUUCGACGGUAUGUUAAACUGUCAUCAGGAAUUUAAUUAGGUCAUUUAGCAUUUUAUGGUCAGAUUUGGUUGGUAUAUUCUUGAAGGUGGACUCUUGCAGAAAUAGCUGGGUACCGCCCUGCUUAACUAAUACCGGUAUUGCAGUGCGGUUUGUUUGCAUAAAGUUUACUAUGCCUUGCUACGGAUUUGUUAUGUCGUAUUCACCAUUUGCUCACCGUUUGGAUAUCUUUAUUUUUAAAAAUACUCCUCUCAGUGGAGACUUAGGCUGAUGCAAACUAUAUGUAUUCUGGCCCCAGUUGUUCAAACGUUGGAUAACGCUAUCCACCGGAUAAAUAACUAUCCAGUGGAUAAGUAUUUGGGAAAACAAUUGCGUUAUCCACUGGAUGGAUUUUUAUCCGGUGGAUAACGCUAUCCAACGUUUGAACAACAGUUGAAAAGCUAUGACGUAAAUUUUUAUACGCAAAUGAGUUCUAGCCAAUCAGAGGAAUGAACCAUGUUUCUUAAACGUGAAAAACGUUACGUCGAAUCAGAAUCGCGAACGAUGUCUUUUCAAGUGUGAGAAAAACGAUACGUCCAAUCAAAAGCCACAGAGGUGUGUGAGUUUCGCGCCAAAAUCCCGCCUUUUAUAGGCGCUUGCAGCUUGCAUCGCCCUCGCUUUCUCGUUCGAUUUCUGAUAUGUCAGCAACUCGUGCGUAAUUACCGUACGUAGUCCACGUAAGCACUUUCCAUGAAGUAUUCUAUAUUCAGGCUAUGUUCACACUGCAUGAUAGACGAUAGCCCUUCGCGUCGGCACGAAAGCUGUCCGCUAUAUAGUCGUGCGAACACACCCCCGAUAUGUGACUCUGCUUUCAUUACAGAAAUUGCUCCGAAAAUCAAAUCAUCGUUCUUGUGUGUGAACACAAGCCCCCUCGAUCCGGUAUGGUUUUGGUGCCGGUGCAAAAGUUAUCCUGUAUAGCGUCAACGAAGCCUAAGGCCCCUUUCACUGAAACACGUCGCAUUUCACAUGCACCGAAUUUACUGCUAACGAGGAAAAUCUCUUGUUCUUGCUCAUGCGGUACGUGUGAAAUGCGACGUUUGAACUAAGAUUCUCUCAUGGUUUGCCUUAUUAUUUAUUUAUUCAUUUUUUAGAGCACAUCUAAAUGAUCUGGAGAACAUCCCGAUCUUUCUGAUCAUUGCCUUUAUAUUCAUGUUGGCCAACCUGUCUCCUACCCGCGGAAUCUGGUNUUCUAGCCAAUCAGAGGAAUGAACCAUGUUUCUUAAACGUGAAAAACGUUACGUCGAAUCAGAAUCGCGAACGAUGUCUUUUCAAGUGUGAGAAAAACGAUACGUCCAAUCAAAAGCCACAGAGGUGUGUGAGUUUCGCGCCAAAAUCCCGCCUUUUAUAGGCGCUUGCAGCUUGCAUCGCCCUCGCUUUCUCGUUCGAUUUCUGAUAUGUCAGCAACUCGUGCGUAAUUACCGUACGUAGUCCACGUAAGCACUUUCCAUGAAGUAUUCUAUAUUCAGGCUAUGUUCACACUGCAUGAUAGACGAUAGCCCUUCGCGUCGGCACGAAAGCUGUCCGCUAUAUAGUCGUGCGAACACACCCCCGAUAUGUGACUCUGCUUUCAUUACAGAAAUUGCUCCGAAAAUCAAAUCAUCGUUCUUGUGUGUGAACACAAGCCCCCUCGAUCCGGUAUGGUUUUGGUGCCGGUGCAAAAGUUAUCCUGUAUAGCGUCAACGAAGCCUAAGGCCCCUUUCACUGAAACACGUCGCAUUUCACAUGCACCGAAUUUACUGCUAACGAGGAAAAUCUCUUGUUCUUGCUCAUGCGGUACGUGUGAAAUGCGACGUUUGAACUAAGAUUCUCUCAUGGUUUGCCUUAUUAUUUAUUUAUUCAUUUUUUAGAGCACAUCUAAAUGAUCUGGAGAACAUCCCGAUCUUUCUGAUCAUUGCCUUUAUAUUCAUGUUGGCCAACCUGUCUCCUACCCGCGGAAUCUGGUGUCUGCGAAUUUUUACAGCAGCGAGGAUCCUUCACACCAUAGUAUAUCUCAAUGCCAUCCUCUUACCACGGGUCUUGUGCUUUGUAACCGGUUCAGUUUGUAUUGUUGUCCUGGGUAUCAGUGUUCUGCUAUCUGUUGCUCCUGCUGGUAUAUCUUAAUGGGUUGCAAUAAAUAAAGGUCAAGCACCACAUUUAAAGAAAACGGCCGAUUCCUGUUUGCUGCCGAUAAUCAUCGACUUUGCUACUGGAAACUCAGCUCUCAGAUGAAAUAAAAUUCAUGUUAAGUGUUAACCAAUAGUUCACUCUCUUUAAUCCGAGCCUGCGUUUUUCAACUCACUUUGAUCCGAAUUCCUUAUAUGCAACAUGAAAUAAAAAAUUAUAAUUGUUGAA